AAAACACGGACAUCAGCCAAAUAGACGACAGCAGUAGUAUGGACGAAAUGGACGCCCAUGCAGGCACCAAAAACGGCGGCAGCAUGUCAAAUUUGAGUGAAAUCUCGGGCGGCACGGCAGUGGCUGCGGCCGCGGGAACAGGCUCUGGAUCGGGUCCAGCAUCUGGGACGGGAGGAGGCCACCAGCGUCCCCGCAUGGACAUUGCGGUAGUAAUCGAUUGUGAGCAGAGCGCUUUUCUCAACCAACGAAAGGCAGCCCUCGAGGAAGUGCGGCAGGCGUGCGCUCAGGUUGGCGGAAAUCUUCAGCUGCUCCUGUUCGAAGUACUCGACUACGGUGACCUUAACACGCUCGAGUCGUUCUACAGUGCCGACAUCGUGGUGGUUGACCUAAGCGUACAGACGCAGCAAAGCACGCUCUGCUAUCAGUUGGGCGUGCGCGAAAGCUUCGAAAUGAAAGGCAAUAUUGUCAUCUAUAACGACAUGCAGAACGAGGCGACACUGCGUAUGAAGCUUUCGUGUGGCAACUAUCAGUUUGUUUCAUACCGGCUGCACGAGAGUGGCAACUGCGUGUUGAUUACGAGCCCGCUCAAGAGCGGUCAGACCCAGCAGCAGCAACAGCCGACAUCACUGUUCGCUGCGCUUCGGAAAUUGUUCCAAGAAGUGGAGAUCCAGUCGAAGGCACAUUUGCGCGAAAAGUUUCUGUCGGAUCUGCGAAGCUUGCGCGAUCAGCAUGCAGGCAAUGUAGAGGAGCUGCAGCGCAUGUUGCGCAAUAUGCGGAAGCGCCUCGACGACCCUCAUGUUCUCUCGAAGGAGAUCGUUCAGACGUACAUGCUGUCGUUGCGCGACGUUCAGGAUUACGACGCAAUGGUGCAGCUGGUCGAUGAUUUGCAGACGAUACCAAACAAGCAGAACUACAUCAAUACCGGCCAUAUGCACUACCUGUACGCGUUCGCGCUGAACCGCCGCAAUCAGGAGGGAGACCGGGAGCGUGCGCUCCGUACCUGUACGAAAGCGCUCGAGAAGAAGGAGAACCAUUUCCCAGACAUGCUGUGCCUGUACGGACGAAUCUACAAGGACAUGUUUGUGGAAUCGAACCACACUGAUCAGGAAAGUCUCCGAAACGCGAUUAUCUGGUACCGGAAGUCGUUCGAGGUACAGCCGAACGAGUUUGCCGGCAUUAACUUGGCCACACUGUUGGUGAUUGACGGCAAGGACUUCAGCGACAGUGAGCUACAGUACAUCGGUAUGAAGUUGAACAAUCUCAUUGGCAAAAAGGGCUCGCUGGCACAGAUCCGCGACUACUGGAACGUGGCCACGUUCUUCGAAAUUUCAGUGCUGGCGGAGAACUACGCUAAAGCGAUUCAAGCCGCCGAAUACAUGUUUAAAUUACGACCGCCGAAAUGGUACUUGAAAUCAACCAUCGGUAACAUCAUGCUGAUUGAUCGGGCGCGCAAGCGAACCGAAGAACAAGGUGCACUCCCAAUCGAGCAGCAAAUCUUCCAGUUUUGGAUGGAAUUUUUUCUUGAAGCGACCGCCCUUGAACCCACCAGUGCGGUGCGAUUUCCGAUACUGAUCCUCGAACCACAGAAAAUCUACAUGCCGAGCUACGUGUCGAUCCACAUGGACGCGGAGCAGAAGUCGAUCGACAUUUCGAACAUUUGCCAGCAACACGCGAAGGGCAGCUGCCUAAAGUUGCACGACUUCAACUUUCUUGCCAGCCAGAUCAAGUCGGUCAGCCUGUACAAGCGGGAUGAACGCUGCGCCUACUUGUACGUCCAUCAGAACUCGGACGAUUUCCAGAUCUACUUCCCGUCCGCCCAGUGCCGCCAAACGUUUUACGACCUGAUCCUGGAGAUGACAGCCGACCAGGGGUCGGGGUUCAUUGAUUUGUCCUCCGCUGACACGACGGCUGACGAGCUGAAGUAUGAGUACGAGACAGAUGAUCAAGGUCGGCGCAUCAUCCUCGGCAAGGGCACGUACGGCAUUGUGUAUGCUGCCCGCGACCUCACCACGCAGGUGAAAAUUGCGGUGAAGGAGGUCCCCGAACGUAACACGCACGACGUACAGCCGUUGCACGAGGAAAUCAAGUUACAUUCGCAGCUGCGUCAUCGCAACAUCGUCCAGUACUGGGGUUCCAAGUCGGAGCACAAGUUUUUCAAAAUCUUCAUGGAGCAGGUGCCGGGUGGAUCGCUGUCGGCGUUGCUGCGAUCCAAGUGGGGUCCGCUCAAGGACAACGAAACAACGAUCGCGUUCUACUCGCGUCAAAUACUCGCGGGGUUGAAGUACCUGCAUGAUCAGAAGAUUGUACACCGCGACAUCAAGGGGGACAACGUGCUUGUUAACACGUACAGCGGCGUGGUGAAGAUAUCUGACUUUGGCACCUCUAAGCGGCUGGCUGGCAUCAAUCCAGCAACAGAGACGUUCACCGGUACAUUGCAGUACAUGGCGCCCGAGGUGAUCGAUCAGGGUGUUCGGGGCUAUGGGCCGGCAGCUGACAUCUGGUCCUUUGGGUGUACAGUGGUCGAGAUGGCAACCGGCAAGCCACCGUUCAUCGAGCUCGGCUGCCCGCAAGCGGCUAUGUUCAAAGUUGGCUUCUACAAGACCCAUCCAACCAUCCCCGAGGAACUGUCCGAACGGGCCAAAACCUUCAUCCUACGUUGCUUCGAGGUAAACGUAGACAAACGUGCCACGGCCGCCGGUCUGCUUGAUGAUCCAUUCCUUUGCGACAUGACCAAAAAGAUGCGUCCGUCGAUCAGCAGCGGUAGCCCGAGCGGACCCAUUGGUGGCGGUGGCGGUAGUGGUGGCGGAAUGUUGCCACCCGCUUUUUCCGGUUACGAAUUUGGUCGCAGCGUUAGCAUGCCCGCGGAUCGUCACGUCACGAAAACGCUCACCUCACAGCAAAGCACAGUCAGCUGCAACACACCCACGAUCGGCACCGAGACGAACUCAAGCUCACCGGCUUUCUAUGCCAGCAACCCUACAACACAAUCGGUCUCGCUCCGGAAGAACAAGCAUCUCUCCCAUCUGACUCCAAUCAAGAUGCCUAAACAAGGGGGGGCCAACAGUAUCGGGUAUUUUCGGUAUCUUCUAGUGCAUGUUGAGCUGACGACGUCGACGACGAGCAAGUCGCGCCUGGGUGGCGAAGCAAACGAAAGCGAUGGAUUUUACCUGUUGAAGAAAGAUUCUCAGCGACGCACCACACUGGACAAGGUGCUGUACCACGAUGUAACGAAGAUCUGCGGAGUAUGGUUGGAGAAGAUAGAAUCGGACCGGAAGGAAAAGGUGGUCAUUACGCGGGCGCACCUCGAAACCCUGCUCAACGCACUGCGCCGCUACAUCGCGGAGCAACGCAAAGAAACGCUCGAGCAAGCGAUCGGUCAACUUAAGGAGCAGCUCGAUUUUGAUUCGACCGCCAUCGACCACCUGCACCUUGCGCUGUACUCAUUUCAGGACGCCGUCAUCACUGUGCUCCGGUCUCACAACAUCAAACCGCACUGGAUGUUUGCGUUGGACAAUCUGGUGAAGAGUGCUGUCCAGGCGGGUAUAAUGAUACUGUCACCUGAACUUGGCCGUAACCUCGCCGGUGACCCACCGAACGACGAUGAAGAGGACGAAAACGAUGAGAUGGGUGCUGGUGGUGGUGUUGGCGACGCCGUCGAUGGCGGUACAGCGACCGGGUGGCUUGGCGCGACGAAGGGAGGAGCUCACGACGGUCCGCAUACCCAGUCAAUGAUGCGGGAUGAUCGCGAUAGUGCUCGCGGCAUUUUGGGCACCACCAAGUACGUCUUCAGUGAUGACGAGGAGGAUGAUGAGGCUGACGGCGAGGAAGGUGCGGACCGAAACCAGCUUAUCGAUUCGUCCAGCAUCGCGGCCAUCGCCACCGACACGGCCGCCCGGACCACAAAGCGAAACAUAGCACUAAAGGUGGAAAACAUGAGACUGAAGGAGUGCGUCGUGGAAUCUCAGCGAGCGUACCAAGCCACCUUCCAGGCACUACUCAACAGUGGUACUUUAACGCAAUGCCUCAGCAACCAAUUGGCCGCACUAUUGGAGGGCGGCAGUCGUGCCGAACGCUCUGGUACCAAGCGCCGAUCGCCGGACAGUGCCCAGCGCACAGCGAACUUGAACCACUACCGCCGUACGCAGGAAGCGAAAGAGGACGGCACGGUGGAGGGGAUGGUGCAGCAGGACGAGGAGGAGCGCGGAUUGCAGCGUUCGAGUGACGGUGGCGAAAGCGAGACUCCGACCACCACCAUCGUUGAUCGGGACAGGAAGGCGUUGAACGGUUGGCUUGAACACCACGGUAUCGACCGGUACGCCUCCCGCCAACGAAUACUGCGCGAAGGUUUUCGAUUUGACGAUUUUCUCUACGACCUCGAGCGCGAAGAUCUGCGACGAUUGAAGUUGAGAAUGGGAGAAGAGCUACGCAUCUGGAGUGCGCUAAAAGUGCACCGAAAGUUGCAUCCCGCUCGUUACGCAAUCAACAACGAUGACGAUGCGGACGACAACGACGGUAAUGAUAGACGGGACUCACCAGGAGCCGUACCAAGCAACUGGCAGCUAAACGUGACUCGCCCUUACCGCCAUCAACAUCGUCGCCGUGUCCACCGACCUCAUCAACACCAGCAGUAUCAUGAGGAUGAUAUAGAAGAGACUAUGCCCAGCGACCUGGAGGCGACAAUCAGUGACGACGCCCCGUGUCUCUGAUUUGUGCCAUAAUUUACACAAAACAUUAAAGAUCAAACGAAAGAGGACUUUAUUGCCGCAGCGCGUACUUCAGUUGAUGAUGAUGCCGGAAUGAAACCGGAAACACGCAAAGUGCCUUGGCCUUCGGGCAAACACAUAAUAUAAUUUUCAGAGUUUUUUCUUCCACCCAUUUGCCGAUGGUACAGGGUGUACUCUAGCCAUAGCGUUAUCAGAUCGGAUCGACACUAGAAACGCCGCGUUCAAUAAGCAUACCUCUUCAAUCUUUCCAUCCAGCCCUCAAUGCUAAUCAUAACCUAAUAAUCCUCUUGCCAACGAGGUGCAUAACGCGUGUGCAUGUAACUCUUAACGCCAUUUACGGGUUUUCACCCAUCGUCCAGCGUGUCAUUCCUUUCACAAAAGCAAACUUGUACUUUAUUUUCCGCAAUAUUCAAAACACAGAAAGAUUUUUUGUAGAGAGCUAAGAAAAACAGGCGAAAUAGGUGCAGAAAAGUUGUGAACUCCUCUCUCCGUUAGUAGAACAGUUAAACUUUCAUAUUGCCACGCCACAGACUAUCAGCUGAAACAGGUGGAAAGGGCAGAAGGAGUCUGUGGACACAUACAUAAUUAAUUUGGUUUCAAUAAGUUAUCGCCCGUCAAUCCUUCAACGCUUCCGAGCGCAUUUGUUUACAUCCAUUUUCGAUUAAAUAAUAAAACACGCUGUUAAUGACAGCAAA